AGACAUCGAUCAUAAGCAACUUGGGUAUCCAAACGUAAGACUAAAAUGGUCAAAGCACUUCACAUAACCAUCAUGCUCUUCCUCGUAGCCUCCAAUCUCCUCGCAUUUAUCAAUUCCGCUAGACUUCUCGACCAGAAUCAACCUCAGCCUGAAGAAGUUGACGAAACGGGCGAUAUCCCACCACCAGCAACCACAACUACAUCAGCAUUCACGGUCCCGGCCGGUCCAGCAGGAGCUACUACAACGAAUGAACAUGAGCCAUCACUAGAGUUUUUUAUGCAUGACGUGCUAGGAGGGUCACACCCAUCAGCUCGUGUAGUGACCGGCAUAGUAGCUCAAACCGAGGUGAACGGCAUACCAUUCUCAAAGGCCAGCAACAGCAUCUUCCCGGUAGACAACGGAGUCCCACUGGUCAACUCAAACAACAUCAACAGUGUCAUCAACCCAAACACAGCUCCACUUCUCACCGGACUUAGCGGCGCUCAAACCAGCACCGUGAUCCAAAACACCAACGGAAAUACCAACGAUGCCCUCAGCUCCAACAGCCUCCCCUUCGUAACCGCAGGUAACCUCCCUCCGGGUGCUGCACUCCAGCAUCUUAUGUUCGGAACCAUAACCGUCGUGGACGAUGAGCUAACCGAAAGCCACGAGCUCGGCUCAGCUGUUAUAGGGAAAGCUCAGGGAUUUUACCUAGCCAGUUCCUUGGAUGGGACUAGCCAGAUUCUUUCUUUAACCGUGUUGUUAGACAGAGAGCAUGACCAUCAUGACACUUUAGACGAUGCCAUUAGCUUCUUUGGGGUUCACAGGACCGCCUCUCACGCCUCUCAGAUAGCGGUUAUUGGCGGGACAGGGAAGUUUGAGCAUGCUAAAGGGUAUGCCAUAGUGGAAACUCUGCAUAACCAGAACAACCAGCAUAUCACUGAUGGUCAAGACACCAUCCUCCAUUUCAGUGUAUACCUCACCUACAAAGCUUGAAGAGACAAUAUAUUGAGUGUUAAACAAGUUAUGAUUGCUUUUGUAUAUGUUCUUGCUCACUAGCUUCCUCUUGUGGCCUUUUUUCAUUUGUUGUGAUUAUCUGAUUAGAAAAGAAAUUUAUUUAAAUGAGACUACAAGUCAUAAUAACCUGUUGAAACAAUGUGACUAACUUGAUAAAAGGCCAAUCCUAGACCUCUGAUAAAAUGAAUGUUUGUAUGCAUGCCAAAUGCAACAACUACUCUCCUCUCACUAUUCUCAAUCAAAAUGCAGAGGAGGAAGCAUAGUCAGGGCCAGUCAUGGAAAUAAAUAAGUGAAACAUUGGCUUAUCACCUCCAAAAAUUCAAAAAUUAAUGUACAUAAAUAUAUAUUUCCAAAAUUGUAAAAAACUAUAAAAAAAUGUCCAUAGCCCCCAAAAUCUACUAUCAGCAUAGUGAAACCAAAACAAUGAAAAGAAUCACACUAUACCCUACAUCAUGUAGGCUACAUGAAAUCACUUGAACUGAACAUGACAUCACUGAAACUUGUAAUAUCAAUGUCAGAGAUUGGAUCUAUAGGCCUCUCAUCCCCUUCCUCCAUCUGAGGAUCAAACUCCCCAAGCUCUAGGCUGUACUCAUCUGCCAUUAUAGCAAACAAACAGUUAGAGUGUCGCCAAAGAUUAUCAUCAUUGCAAGCCAAACUUUAAAAAAAUCACACAACAUGCACACAUUGAACAUUCAUAGAGAUAUAUCUUUAUUUCCCAACAACUGACUAUGAACUAUGCAAGCCUCAAUAGAGAGAGAUGCUGCGGACACUCACCAAACAAGGUAUUGAGAGAGGUUGGGUGUGGAGUGGUGGUGAAGUUGAGACCAAUAUAAAACGCCAAACCUAACAGCAAAGUCAUCAUCAGAUACGUCGGCGUAGCCAAUGCCCAAUACCUGCUUGGGUAGUAACGGAUCCGUAUAGACUCCAACAGUUUAUCUGGUACAUAUGCCCAUAUCAAGAAGAUCACUGUGGCUACAACAGUGGAUAUGGACCCAACAAAACCAUACACCUCAGAGUGUUUAGAUCCAUGCACUUGUGAUGUUCUGAACGGAGAUGACCUUAUCAUGUCUGAAUCCUGAAAAUCAGGCUUUUGCUUCUUUCUCUUGGAGAAGGUUAGAACUAGUCUUGGACUAUUAACUAAAUGAGCUUCCUCCAUGUCUUAGUUUUAGAAGACAAAGGAAGCCACUGAAAAAUCACUAGAUAGACAACCAACACAAUGAUCAAAUCUCUUAAAAAUCUAACUUAUUCACUCAAGCUCUGGUUACAUCAUAUACUUCGGUUUUAAUGAUCUAAUCAAAUAAAAAAUCAAAUCUCUUAAAAAUCUAACUUAUUCACUCAAGCUCUGGUUACAUCAUAUACUUCUGUUUUGAAAAAAUUGGAGACUUUUAAUUGGGGGACGGUGGAGGCCCGCACGAAUCGAGUUCUGCAAAAGUAAGCAGCGUCAACGGUUCGGCCAGCCUAUUUCCCUUCCAUAAAUUCUUGCGCCACUUUCUAUGUUUUACUGUCAGCGCUGCGACCGGCUCUCACCGCUCGCUUUGUUUUCCUUACUCAUUAGUUUAAGGCAAGUUUUAAAACCAGACCACCCUCAACACUUUAUACUAGCUUCCACAAGACCCAUCCGUCUCAAUUUCCCGAUGUGGGAGAAACAAAAAUGGUUACUUUAUUCCAAACCGAUAUUGAUUCGGUUCGGUUUCAUCUAGUUUAAUACAAACCGAUUAAUUGAAAUGAACCAGACCAGAACAUUUUAAUUGUAAGCCUUGUUGACUCAAAGUAGUAAGAAUAGUAAAAAAAAUUCUGAUUUUAAAAAUUAUCAUUUAAAAAAAAAUAAUAAUAAUUCUACACAGUUUUUUCUCAUUCCUCUAUUUUUUUUUU